CCUCCCGGCAGUCCGAGGCGGGGGCCUGCAGCCGGCGCGUGGCCGCCCCGGGGUUUCUUCGGCACGGUGCGACCGCGAGUGCCCUGGGCUCUCUCGUGGGAGAUGUCUGACAGGAGUGCGGAGCGCGGCGACGGAAACGAGACGGUGUCUGGCGCUGAGGUUGUCGCCCAGGCCCUGAAAACGCAAGAUGUGGGGUACAUGUUUGGCAUCGUGGGCAUCCCAGUGACCGAAGUAGCCGCCGCCGCCCAGAAGCUGGGCAUCCGAUACGUCGGGAUGAGGAAUGAGCAAGCGGCUUGUUAUGCUGCCUCUGCGAUUGGAUAUCUGACAGGCAGGCCAGGAGUAUGCCUUGUUGUUUCCGGCCCGGGUCUCAUCCACGCGUUGGGUGGUAUGGCAAAUGCAAACAUGAACUGUUGGCCCUUGAUUGUGAUUGGUGGUUCCUCUGAAAGAAGUCAGGAAACAAUGGGUGCCUUCCAGGAGUUUCCUCAGGUUGAAGCUUGUAGAUUAUAUAGCAAGUUCUCUGCCCGGCCGAGCAGUGUAGAAGCUAUUCCUUCUAUUAUUGAAAAGGCAGUGAGAAGCAGUAUUUAUGGUCGUCCAGGUGCUUGCUAUGUGGACAUAUCUGCAGAUUUUGUGAACCUCCAAGUGAAUGUGAAUUCUAUAAAGUACGUGGAGUGCUGCAUGCCACCUCCUGUUAGUAUGGCAGCAACCUCUGCUGUGUGUCUGGCAGCAUCUGUUAUUAGGAGUGCCAAACAGCCCCUAAUUAUCAUCGGGAAAGGUGCUGCUUAUGCCUGUGCUGAGGAGAGUAUCAAGAAAUUGGUAGAGCAAUGUAAAUUGCCAUUUUUGCCCACCCCCAUGGGCAAGGGUGUUAUCCCUGAUAACCAUCCAAACUGUGUAGGUGCUGCCAGAUCUAGGGCUUUGCAGUUUGCUGAUGUAAUUGUGUUAUUUGGUGCCAGAUUAAAUUGGAUUUUGCAUUUUGGACUGCCUCCAAGAUAUCAGCCAGAUGUGAAGUUUAUCCAGGUUGAUAUCUGUGCAGAAGAAUUGGGAAAUAAUGUAAAACCUGCUGUGACUUUGCUAGGAGACAUAAAUGCUGUCACUAAACAGCUUUUAGAAGAAUUUGACAGAACACCAUGGCACUAUCCUCCAGAGAGUGAGUGGUGGGAAACCCUGCGGGAGAAAAUGAGGAGCAAUGAAGCAGCAUCCAAGGAAUUGGCUUCCAAAAAAUCCCUGCCUAUGAAUUAUUAUACAGUCUUCUACCAUGUUCAAGAACAGCUCCCCAGAGACUGUUUUGUGGUGAGUGAAGGAGCAAAUACUAUGGAUAUUGGACGCACUGUGCUUCAGAACUACCUUCCUCGUCACAGGCUCGAUGCCGGCACUUUCGGUACCAUGGGAGUCGGUCUGGGGUUUGCGAUUGCAGCUGCUUUAGUGGCGGAGGAUAGAAGCCCAGGGCAGCGGGUCAUCUGUGUGGAAGGAGACAGUGCGUUUGGGUUUUCGGGCAUGGAAGUGGAAACCAUCUGCAGAUACAACUUGCCAAUUGUACUUUUGGUGGUGAAUAAUAAUGGAAUUUACCAAGGCUUUGAUACAGGUACUUGGAAGGAAAUGUUAACAUUUGGAGAUGCUACUACAGUAGCCCCUCCGAUCUGUCUUCUUCCAAACUCACAUUAUGAGCAGAUCAUGACUGCAUUUGGAGGCAAAGGGUAUUUUGUACAAACACCAGAAGAACUCCAGAAAUCCCUGAGGCAGAGCUUGGCAGACACAACUAAACCCUCUCUUAUCAACGUCAUGAUCGAGCCACAAGCCACACGGAAGGCCCAGGAUUUUCACUGGUUGACUCGCUCUAAUAUGUAAAUAAAGAUGCUGGUAAGAGUGGCCUUGAGGAGUUUACUCUUUCCUGUGAAGUGGAAUUUUCCACAGCAAAAUUACUAUGUUAAAAUAUUUACACAAACAAAUAAAAAACAUUUUUAAAUUGCG